CUACCCUGAGCAGGAAGCGGCUCCUUUGUCCUGGUUCCUAUGGCCAGGAUAUCGCUGCUCGGCUGGCUGGCCUGGUCCCUGCCUGUGCAGCUGGCAGCCACAUGCCUCCGUUGCUGGCCAGAUGCCAUUGUCUACUUUGGCUACGACUCCUAUUUGCUGCUUGGCCAGGACUCAGAGGCCACCAAAAACCUGGGGAAGCUUUUCAUAGGCAGCGCUGAAGACCUCGCCACCUAUGGCAGACACUAUUUGGGUACAGAAUUAAGAGAAGGCGCAAGCAAUGUCCAUCGGAUACUAGGGAGGAGCUUCUCCACGGGGAUGCAAAAGGUCCCUGUUUCUGAACCUCCAAAUGGCACAUUAUCCAGCUCCCCAUUUUAUUUUAUUUUACAAUCUUAGUGGGUCGAAAGCCUGGAACUUACUUAUUUAAUUACAGUACAGUGGUACCUCGGGUUACGUACGCUUCAGGUUACAGACUCUGCUAACCCAGAAAUAGUACCUCAGGUUAAGAACUUUGCUUCAGGAUGAGAACAGAAAUCAUGUGGCGGCGGCGCAGCAGCAGCGGGAGGCCCCAUUAGCUAAAGUGGUGCUUCAGGUUAAGAACAGUUUCAGGUUAAGAACGGACCUCCGGAACGAAUUAAGUACGUAACUAGAGGUACCACUGUACUGCAUUUAUUUUCUCCAAGGAGCUCAAGGUGGAGUACAUGGUUCUCUCGCUCCGUAUUUAACCCCCUACAACUCCCCCAGCGAUGUAGGCUAGGCUUCUGACCAGUCAGAAAUCCAAGACAGAGGCCAUUCUGGGUCUGAAGAAGCACAGCUACAGUGGGAUAAUACCCUGAAAAGUACAAAGCUGUUGCUGAUUUUGCUAAUGACUCAAAUGGCUGAAGAGAACAGGUGUCGCCCCUGCUUGCCAUGGGGAAUCUGUGGCCCUCUAGAUGUUAUUGGGCUCCAACCAACUCGCAUCAUCAUCCCCAGCCUGUGUUGCCAAUGGUUAUGAUUGCUGGGAGUUGUAGCCCAUCAGUGUUGUGGGGGAGGGGUCACAGGUUUCCCCAUCCCUGGUCCAAGGAACCAAAGAGCCCAUGGUCUUGUUGAGCACAAUGAUAAUAUGCAACUCUGCUCUGAUUAAAUUCACCCACAUAGAUUUCUCGGUUGUCACUGGCUGCAGUGAGCAGGAAGAGUUGGGCAGCAGAAUAUCAUCUGGCGAGGGGAGAGGAGGGUGCAGUUAUAGCAGUGGGCGGAAUGGAUUAUGAAGGCAAGUUGAAGCCAGCUGCUCCAUUUUGUAUAGCGUCCCUAUACAACACCCUGUGUGCAGCAAUCUAUUUCAUUAUUUUCAUUUGGGUAAUUUAUACAAGGCUUAACAUUUUUGACAACACCUAGAAGUGGCUUACGAAAUGCCAUCAGAUGCUACAAAUCAAAAUACAGUCAGAGCCAUUAUUAAAGCCCAUAUUUUAAAAUAGCACAGUCGAACAGGAUUUUCUUAUUGGAAGCACUUUUGUGGUUGGAGUUUCAGGGAUGCAAAUGUCCAUAUGGAACCCAUACACCAUAGCAAACUUGGCACCCACUUUCCCUCCCACAAGCUGUGAGAAUGCGCAUGGGCCUCCUACAUGCGACUCUACGUGGCGUCAUUUAGAGCACAUGAAAACAGUGUCCUUAAGAACUGUCAGGGUUGCUCAGGGGCUUCCCCAGGGCUCCUCAACAAGAUUGGGAACGGCAGAUGAGCUACUAUUGCUGAUUUCCCAUUGGAACCUGCACCCUCGGGGAAAUAUUUUAACAUAUUCCAGGGUGCCGUCUCAGCAGGAGACAAAGCCAACAUCUACCUGGCCUGGUGGCUUCCCUGAUUAGACUGGGAGUGCCACAGAAGUAGCCCCAAAAUAUUCAGGGAUGCUCAGGGAUCCCAGGCACACACACAGGUCCUUAGCAGACAGCAGGCAUGUAGAAAGGAUUCCUGCAGUUAGGGGUGUGCUUCUUCCUCAACUGCCUCACCUGCAUGCACGGUUACCCUCACCCUUUCUCGGUCCUAAAGGCCAGGAUUGCUGAAGCAUUCAAAGAACACCAACUUAGGUUCCACCGUGUGGGAGGGUGUGUUCAAAACGGAGAAUUAGGAAAGAAUCAGGCAUCAUUUUUUUGGUUUAUUUCCCCUGCAGAACGGGAACAUAUGGAGCGUGAGGCUGGGACUCUCUUUCUCCACCUUGAGCAGAUUAUCAAGAGGAGUGGGAAAGGUAGUUGUUAUUGUUAGCCUGUCCUCCUCUUCCUUCCAGACUUGCCUGCAGCACAACUAUGCCAGGGAGCCAUUGAUUGCCAUUGCAGUAGCUCCUAACGCACACACACAAACACAAAAUGCCCCCAAACCCUCCUUCUCUCAUUCCACCCCUUGGUGGCCCCAAUUAACCAGGCAAUUGAUCAGGCACUAUCCCUUCUGCUGCACUCAAAAGCCUUGGCUUCUAUCGACCCAUUUCUCUUUCCCUGCAGAUCAUGGCAGCCUUAUGAGGGAGGCAGAGGAGGAGAAGAAGAAUUUUGUCAAGCGAUUGGAAGAGGCAUCUAAGGCCUUUGUGAAGGAAGGUAAGUGCUUGAGGGCAGAACCUCUGGUCGGAGGCAUACAGCUGAGGGAGAACGUGGCCCACACAUCAUGGAGGUGACAGGGUUUUGGGGUGACCUCUUGGGUAGGGCAAGAUAGGGCCAUGGAGUCCUGUGAGUGGGGAGGGAUCGCCUUUCUCUAGUGCUCAUGCCUUUGUUUUUCUCUUUUAUAUCCACAGUCUGCAGCCUUUCCUGUGGUGAGUCCGUCUGUCCAAACUAGAGGGGCAUCUGUCUGGCCAUAUGGUGUCUGCUGCUUUUUUUUUUAAGUGUCCAUUGUGUCUGUUUGUGUGUGUGUGUGUGUGAUGCCAGUUAUAAAUGGUGGGUAUCCAUUCCUCGCAGCCCCAGGAAAAAGAAGGCAGUAACCAGAUCAGGAAUAAAUGAAAAGGAUCUCAUCCAGGGAUUGUGUGUGCAAAUGCAGGUUGGCACUGAUAUCCGUGUUAGUGCUUGUGAAGUCAAAGAGGAGACUUUACUGGUUAUUUAAAUUCAUUGCCAGUUUUGUGCCCUUGAGUUGGUUCAGGCAUACCACCAAACCAUGAUUUUCACUAACCACACACUUAGAUUUGAAACUACCAUGUCUACACGUGCAAGGAAAUAAAUAAAUAAAUAAGAUGAUAAUAAUAGUACCGUAUUUUUCUCUCUAUAACACGCACCCGACCAUAACACGCACAUAGUUUUUAGAGGAGGAAAAGAAGAAAAAAAAUAUUCUAAACGAAACAGUGGAUGUAUGAUUUUUGUGGUUCAUGCUGUGGCCACAGACAUGUGAUCUGACGGUGAGUUUGAGGUAGCCCAAUGCAAAAAUCCUGAGGAUCCAUGUGGAUCCAUGCUUUGUAACCACGUUUUAAGUGGGGAGGGAAGGAAAAGCACUCAAGGGACAAGGAACACGCGUGGGGUGGGUGGAGAAGGAUGCUGUUAAUAAUGCAGAAGAGGGGUAUAAGAGGAGAAGCAAGCAGGCUCUGCUUCUCUCCCUCCUCCCGGCUCACUGAAAAACUUUGCUGCUAUUUAGCCAGCUGAGUGGGGAGGAGAGAGGGACAGAGAGCCUGCUUGCUUUAAAAGAGCCAACCGGACAGGAGCCACUUACACUCGUGUGCGGCUCCUCUCUCCCGCUUUGCUCCUUUAAAGCAAGCAGGCUCUCUGUCCCUCUCUCCUCCCCACUCAGCGGCUCUUCUCCCGCUUUGCUGUUUCAAAGCGAGUCACGGAGGAGGGAAGGAAGAGGAACCAUGGAUCCUCUGCUCACGACUGCAGCAGAUUCCCCCCGCCAUCCGUAGGCAUUCGCUCCAUAACACGCACAGACAUUUCCCCUUACUUUCUAGGAGGAAAAAAGUGAGUGUUAUGGUGCAAAAAAUACAGUAAUUAUUAUUAUUAUUAAACCCCACCCACCUGGCUGGGUUUCCCCAGCCACUCUGGGCAGCUUCCAACACAAUAUUAAAAUACAGUAAUGCCUCAAAUAUUAAAAGCUUCCCUAAACAGGGCUGCCUUCAGAUGUCGUCCAAAAGUCUGGUAGUAGUUGUUCUCGUUGACAUCUGGUGGGAGGGCAUUCCACAGGGCGGGUGCCACUACCGAGAAGGCCCUCUGCCUGGAAUAAUGGAAUAAUUCCAAAUAAUGGAAACCAUUUUUUGGGUAGUUUCUCGCUAUUCCCUGAAGAAUACUUAGCUGCUAUCUGAAGCAGCAGCUUCCAGGACUGGAUCAGCAUUCCAAACCAUGGUUUGUUGGUUCAUAUGUGACACCAAACCUUAGGUUUCAUAUCACAUUUCAGCUCCUGGUUUGAUGGUCAUUCUCAAACCAAAAUCUGCUGACUUGAUUCGGUCCAGACAUCACAACGAACCAUAGCUGGCAUUACAUCUGAAUCAACAAGAGAUUGGCAAAAUGUUCAGAAGUUGUCACUGUCUAAUGGAACCCCUCUUUCCCUGACAUUUCCACAGCUAAGUCCCGGUUCCGACCCUAUGAAGUGGCACAGUGUUCAAACUGCCAGCUUAUCAAAGUUUCCUGCCUUGACCCCUUUGUAUGUGCAGGUAACCUGCCUUUCUAUACCUCUAUCCCUUAACGUCUCCCUCCAGUCACAGCAUCUCUCACUACUCUCUGUACAUGUCAGUACAAACUGAGAGCCAACGUGGCCUGGGGCGCUUCAGCUGGAGCCUUGAACACCCUCAUUGGGGCCCAUCUCCUUUACUCUUUUGCCUAAUUUGCUCUGUAGCUAUCAUGUAGACAUCGGGGUAUGUAUCAAUAUUAAUAAUCCUUAAAGGUAAAGGUAAAGGGACCCCUGACCAUUAGGUCCAGUCAUGGACGACUCUGGGGUUGCAGCACUCAUCUCGCUUUAUUGGCCGAGGGAGCCAGCAUACAGCUUCUGGGUCAUGUGGCCAGCAUGACUAAGUCGCUUCUGGCGAACCAGAGCAGCGCACAGAAAUGCCGUUUAUCUUCCCGCCGGAGCGGUACCUUCUUAUCUACUUGCACUUUGACAUGCUUUCAAAUUGCUAGGUUGGCAGGAGCAGGGACCGAGCAACGGGAGCUCACCCCAUCACGGGGAUUCAAACCGCCGACCUUCUGAUCAGCAAGUCCUAGGCUCUAUGGUUUAACCCACAGCGCCACCCACGUCCCUUUUAAUAAUCCUUACCUUCAUGCAAAAACUGUACUUGCCGGUUUUCUGGUGGUUUUCUUUGUCCAAGCGCAGUGAGUGAACCUGUUUUUGGCUACAAGUGCCCUUAGGAUGCCGUUGAUGCAGGUCUUCACCAUGGUCCCCCCUUGGUCUCUCAAGACUUCUGCCUUCUCAAAAAUGUUAUCCUGUUCCUUUUGUACAGGGCCCAAUGUUAUUGCAGCAGUGCUGGUGCCACUGAUGCUCUUGCUUGGAAUAGGAGCAGCAUGGUGGUAAGUUCAUGAAUAUUUAGUCUUUGUGGAUAGGUGUAAUUUAUUCUUUUUUUCUUGCAAAACUGUAGCUCAACUCCAGGGCAGGGAGAACUGGGCUACACAGCAGAGUCUUAGCAUAGCAACAAAAGUAUGGAUGGGUAAAUGUGGUCCUCCAAAUAUUUUGGAUCUUGGUUACUCCCAUCAGCUGCAUCCAGCAUCACUGAGAGCCCAGAGGAAUGUUGGGAUUUAUUGUCCAUGGGUUCUCCACCCCUGGCUUAGGGGAAUGAGCCAAGGACUCAAAAUAGCCCUCGUUCAAACCUACUCCAUACCAUGAAGGUCACAUCCAUGCCGUUCCUUUCAAGCAUAUGGCUUCCCCCAAAGGGUUCUGGGAACUUUGGUUUACCCCUCACGCAGCUCGUUGCCAGGAUCCUCUGGGGGAAGCCAUGUGCUUGAAAUGUAUGGGAUGGAUCAAGCUGAAGUCACCUGGCAAGACAGCUUGAGCCUCAGACCUCUUUCUGCAGGAGAUAAUGUAUGCAAAACCCUUUGAACGUUGAAAGCACUUAUUAAUUAAUUAAAAUUAAUAUUAUUAUUCCAUCAGCUUUCGCUGGCUGCCUGGGAAUGAACAGCAAAACCAAAACAGAUGUCUUGCUAUGCUCUUAAGGGGGUUCCUCUCUUUAACCGCAGGUAUCGCCGUCGCAAACAGAAGGAGCAAGGAAAAGACAAGUCUUCAGGAGAUGAGGACAGCUCAGAGAGUUCUGAAUGGAGCUCUGAUAGUUCAGAGAAGGCGGAUGCCAAUCCAAUAUAUGCAGAAGUUCCAAGCACCCCCAUAUAUGCUAAUGUCCCAGCACAUGCUAAUGUCCCAGCAUAUGCUAAUGUUCCAAACCCUCCAGAAUUCACCAUACCAAGCCCCCCACCCUUUGAUUAAAUAGU